GAACCUUCCAGCCCUGCCUCACUGACGGACAGUGUAAAUCACCACAGCCCCGGCGGCUCUUCAGACGCCAGCGGUAGCUACAGCUCGACCAUGAACGGCCAUCAGAAUGGUCUGGACUCACCCACUCUUUACGGCCCAACCAGUGCUCUGGGUCCCAGCGGUGCCGGAGCCAAGCGUUACGAGGACUGCUCCAGCACUAUCACGGAGGACUCACAGAUUAAAUGCGAGUACAUGCUGAACUCCAUGCCCAAGCGCCUAUGUCUGGUGUGCGGGGAUAUCGCCUCCGGCUACCAUUAUGGUGUCGCAUCCUGUGAGGCCUGCAAGGCCUUUUUCAAGAGGACCAUUCAAGGAAACAUUGAGUACAGCUGCCCCGCCACCAAUGAAUGUGAGAUCACCAAACGCAGAAGGAAGUCCUGCCAAGCCUGCCGCUUCAUGAAGUGUCUGACCGUUGGCAUGAUGCGAGAAGGUGAGAGCAAUAAGGAAUGGUUGGGGAGUAGAGGAAAUGAACAUUUUAUCCAUUGUGCAACUGUAUUUUUCACUCUACAAUUCUGAGGAAAUGCACAGAUUUCCAUAAGGGGAAAAAAUAGUACAGGUCUAGAAUGAAGUCAAGGUUGAAACUGAAGGGCCAGUUGGCCUCGUGCCUCAAGGGCCACUCACAGUCAGCCAAACACCAUCUUUUGCCUUGGCCUCCAGGCCCUGUUCUAACUAACAAGACUGGUUAUUAUUUAGAGAGCCGGCCUUUGAGGCAUUUUCUCAGAGGUCUGCCAAACGGACAAGCAGUUAUUUUCAAA